AUGAGCUCAUCGAACCAUUGGAUCUCACUCUUUGUUGAACAUUGCCUUUCGAGCUACGAGACCGGGCGACACCCCGGUUCGGAUUGGGAAGACGAUGGGAGCAACAUUCGGUUUUCCUCCUCCGAGCAACAGCUUGCACGGAUUACCGAGUGGAGCGAAGUAAACAAUGUUCCCCGACCCAGAUUGAGCGACUUGGAUACGCAAAUUGAAGCGGUCUUGUCAAGUGGAUCGUUGCAGGAGUAUAAUAAGGAUUUUCCGAAUAAACCGCUCAAUCGGGAUCGCUGCCUAGGUUAUACCAUCCAGUUGGACGAUUUCGAGCUGGUGUACGAAUAUCACGCCGGAAAACCAAACGUUCAUUUAUCUGGGCAUCAGGCAAUCGAACCAAGCCAAGAAACAGUGGACAGUAGCGGGCAAAACAACGGGGACGGCGAUAUCCUCGCCGAUGGCCAUACCCAACAUGUGCGGCAUCAGUUCAUGUCCCAGUUGCCUCGCUCUCAUUCAAGGUCUCCUGUUCAAAGCCCAAUCCAUGAUGCGGUGCUCAACUCGGUAAGACAACGAAAUACACAUCAUAUGUCUACAAGCAAUGUGAGUCACGUGCACCCUGAAAAGCAAGGAGCAGCAGAAGGAGACAGAGGAACACCGACAAGUGUUAGUUCCGAACCAUUUAUAACUCAGGCUAUAAAUCGUCCAUGCUCCGAAAAGGCAACCAGACAAAACUUUUCGCCGCAAAAAGCAGAGCGGCAGUCACCAAGAGGGGCAGUUGAGAGGUCAGGAUACUCAAACUCGCCUGAAAGGCAACCACAGUCUCAGCUUCAAUCUUGUGAAGAUGGCAUUCCUCUGCCGGCUAGCCCUGAUAAGAAUGCGAAGGCAAAAAUUGCCGAUCCGUGGGAAGGUAUGACAGGAAUCAGCAGCGUUGAUGUUACAGUGCCUGCCGAUCAGAAAGAGCUUUUGGACUCCAACCCAACGCCGUGGUAUCCGCCUCCGGAUGGAUGUCAACUAGCGUCAGGAAACGUGCCAAGGGCGCUGCUGGCUGAGUGGAAUGAGUUGGCUUCCCGACGGAAUCAAAUUGAAGACAAUAAGCCAAAAACUGUGGAUGAUACUCGUCCUAGCACGCCGGUUAGUGAGACGUCUUCUGAGUCGCUUGCAGAUUCUUGGGUUGAAACGCCCAAUCGAACACCCAGCCGUGGCGUGCUGCUGCCGAGGGAUAGUAGUCCGCUCAGAGAUAACUCCGUGCGUCCUCAGAGGGCGCAGAGCUCAGGGGACCAACAUAGCCUUGAAAACAACACAGACUCGCAUAUGCAGAUGGUCGAGGAGGAACCAGUGUCCGAGCUUGAUAGAAAUACAGACCCGAUAUCCAAAGCCUCGGUAGCUGCUAUGGCUGAGCCAAAUGCGAAAGCCAUUGCGCCAGAUAUGGUUUGCGAUGAUGGCGGCCAUGUUUUAGAGGACACCCAGUCAAACUCGAGGAUGGCAUCUGAUGACAGCAAUUCGAACUCAAAGAUAAACAAUGCGCCAGGCGCCAGGCCUAUCGCCCCAGGCAUAGGCCACGAUGACGGGCAUUAUACCAAUGUCAAUUCUGAAUCACAGAAGGACCCUGCGGUAGAUGCCGGGCCAAUUGCCAAGGCCCAGGUUGACAAGGGUUAUCAAUCGGACGGCAGUUCUAAUUCUGACGAUUCCGAGAAAAACGAAGCUCCAGACGUUGAAAUCUCUAAUCCAGACCCUGCUCUUGGGGGCGAGCAGGAAUCUGAAAGUAGUUCUGAUUCAGAAAUGAGCGUGGCAAUUCCCCGGCCGCUAAGUGGUAGCACGCAACAAGAGACAUCCACCCAAACAGUAUCAAGCCCAGAGCCGUCUCUUUCUGAAUUCGCGGGGCAAAAUGUUCAGGUGGUGGAAACCCCAGCGGUUCUCAGCAAAUCGCGUCCCGUACUGUCGGGCCAGGAUGCUUCAAGAACAGACCUCACUGAAAGCCAGUCUCAACCAGACAAAUCCUCCCAAUCACGCAUUCUCAACACCUACGCCAGUCAUGAAGGAGACAGCAAUGGAGGGACAUCACAAUGGAACUCCAUGUCUCUCCCAGCAAGUGCGCCAGACUCUUUAAGUUGUGUACAUGUAAUGGGCACCCCGUUGAGCAGCCAAGUCUCACCAACGCAACCAACUCCACGGUCACCAUCGAAUUCUAUCCAUACAUCGUCGGGGCCGAAUGUUGUCGAGGGUAGUGUACCUGCUGCUUCUUUAUACCAAACCCAGUCGUCCAAGGCUUCCUCAUCCCAUCACGAACCGCAUUCGUCAUCCAUGUUGUCUAUAGACGAUCUCCUCAAUCCAAGCAUACAAAGCUCUGUCCAAGGCAGCUCUUUUAGACCCGACCGCACGUCUCCACUGAAACGCCUUGCAUCUGAAACUGACAGCGAUCGCGGCUCACCCUUGAAACGAAGCAAAUUAGAUAUUAAGCCUACGGUAGUCAAAGCAGAAGGCGGACUUGACGAGACUAUUAUCGCCCGCCACCAGAACUACAUCAUCAACUCAGCACAGUCCGUCGAAGCAGCAGGGAUUUAUGAAAAAUUCCGCGGCGACUACCCGAAUUAUGCCGGUAAUUAUGAACACUUUAUAAAAUUGUGUUCCAGGUUGCGGUCAUUUCGGGAAAGGGGUAGUCUACAAAGGUCAUUUCUGUGGGAUGACUUCAUCAUCAAAAAUCUUGAUACUUAUCCUUCCUACCUUGCGGAGUGCCACUACAACCACAUCAAGCCCUUGGAAUACGAAGAGUAUUUCGCAGAGACCUUCUCAAAGCCAACUUAUAAAAGACGCAGCCUCGACAUUCCAGGAAUCAACGCGUGCGCGGCGCAGGUUGUCACCAUCGAUGAGUCUGUCGAGUCACGGGAGCCGGACGACGCAAAAACGUCAUUCACAGCAAGUCUCAGGGAGCAGCUUUCGAAACUCCAUACUCAUUCCUUUGCGGUGCAAGACCCAACGUCUCGGAAUGCAGUAUCUGAAGAUGGUCAAAACGCCGCAGAGUCAGAUUCCACAUCGCAAUACAGCAUUCCCGACAGCGAGCCCGCUCGCGCUGCGGCCCGGGAACAUGACGAUGAUUACAUGAACAUCGACCACCUACAGGAGACAGAUGACCUGCAUACUGUAUGGGAAAACAGCGACGAAGACAUGGAAAACACCGGCAUGGACGUUGAUGUCGAUGAUACGGGCCACGAAACGGCGAGCGUUGAGCUCGGCGACGAUGAGACCCCUACUGCUCUUCUAACCCCUGCACGGCACAGGUUUUGCUCAGAGCCCCAACCUGACAGCCUAGUACCGGACAGAAACAACAAGCGCGGUGUUUCAUCGCCAUCGACGUCAAGACGAAACAGGCUCACUAUCCAUACAACACCAGAGAGAUCAACUUUAGGCAUAGCCUCCAAGGCAGCCUCGGACGAAAGCGUCCACGGAGACGCCAAGCACGCCCUUGUCCCCAGAAACAAGUCUCUUACAAGCCAACCAACUUCAGAGACGGCUAUAGACGCGGCGUCAGGCAUGAUCUUAAAUACAAGCACUGGCUCCAAAGCGCCCAGCCCAAACAAGGACAAGGAGCCUGCUCAUGUCUUAACUCCAAAGCGAAACAAGUUCCCUAAUGGCCAGGUUGUAGAGACCCCAACUCCAGGAACAACGUCAAACCACUCCGGCCGAGGCAUGAUCGAAACUGUUAUCGAGAACAGAGGCUCAGCCAUAAAUGCAGCCGCCAAUUCCAACAUUGAAGCACAAGAUACUGAGCCCUACCCCGGUCCAAGCCCAAUCCGGAAAACCCAUCCAGCACUCCGGCGGCCAGAGAGACCUACUUCUGCUUCUGCAGGCGCUUCAGUCCCAGACAAGGACCACGAUGAUCAUAUCGGUAUCCAUAAUAUUAACAAUACAAAUGACAUCUCAGAAACCGAGGAAGUCGCUCUCUCCGCCUCACCCGACCCCAAAGGCAAGGGUAAAUCCCGCCAACAAGAAGCAGAAGAUGAAAGCGAGAAUGAGAACUGGUUCACCUCACUCCGGCAUAUCUUCCCUCAGAGAAAAAGUACAAAACCUGUCUGGUCCGACGAUCCCCACACCCCCUUAAAGCAGUGGGCGCGCGCAGACCAGAAUGUCCUUCUAGUGCGAAAUCAGCGCGGCGGAUUGAAUGUUCCUGUUGACGAGAGGGGCGUUAUUGGUCGGAUCCCGAGGAAGACAGGACUGAACCAGGGCAGCGAGCAUACCUAG